UAUCAAAUAAUUUUGUUGUGAACAAUUUUUAUAAAGCAAUCAAACAUUGUUGUUGUACCAGCUGAGGCGUAGACUAAUAAAAUCGCAAGUCAACGAGAAAUAAUUUCUUAAUAUUGUAAUAGUUCUUAAGGGUAUGGAAAGACUUUAGAAGAGAAAGAGUCUACAAAAUUUACUUAUAUGAAUAUUAUAUCGCAGGACUUUUAAUGCACCGCUGCCACUGUUGGAAUGUGUGAGAGUCUAAACGCGCAAUCACAAAGAUUUUAUCGCGUCCACUGGCAGGAAGAAUGAAAAAAACUGUCACACAAAAGCACCCUAAAGGAGCUAAUGACAGCAAGUAAUGCAACAUCCUUCGCCGCUUACUUAAUAGAGAGCAGCCCUCUAAAAUUCCGUUGCCCGAUUGAUCGGUUCGUUGCUCACUACUGGAAGGGAGAAAACUCUUCGCCGAAUAGCACUCUUGCAAGGCAAAGAGCGCAAACUCGAUGCAACAAGAGCGCGAGUUUUGUUGUCACAAGCAACCCCGCUAAUGCUAACAGUUCUCAAAAAUUGCGGCACCACCAGGCCGAGUAUAAAAGCAGUUUUAGGCGCGUAGAUUCGAAAGCACUACAAUGUUAAAGUGGACGUCAUCAGCGCAAAAGCUGAAUCGGCUAACACCGAACAUCAAAGCGGCCACCACAGAGUUGCACCACAAUGGCAUACCACAUCCACUAACUGAGGCAAAGCGGCGCCAUCGUCGUGCCACCAUGACUAACAAGGAGAAUGUACUCGUACCAUACACCUCAACUCCGAUGCGCAUGCGAGAGCGCAACAGCCCACUGGUGCUUUCGCCAUUAACGGAUAUUUUGAAUGUUACACCGAAAACUUCGUCACCGCUACGGACCACGAGUACAAGCACAAUCAGUCGACCACUGCCCACUCGCCGCCAUUCAACAGUUGGACUUUUUCUGCAUACGGCGCCUAAUUACGCCACCACGUUGCCACGCUUCGAGGAGGAAUACUCGCCCAGUACAGCACUGCCUACUGGACAUCAAGUAGCGUUGAGAGGAUUGCUGCCCGACCCCUUUCUGAGCAAUCUCCGCUACUUUAGCACGCCUGAGUUGGCCAAGCGGAAACAACAGGAGGAGCAAGAAAAUCUGAAGGCCGCCAGAAAAUCAUUGCCACGUAAGCUGGAAGAAGAUUUUGCUGAAAUUGCGCGGGAAUGUGGCGGCGACAAGCAAAAGAAGCUCAUCAACGAUGAGUCACACUCGGCCGGUAUGAGCGAUCACACUUUGGAUAAGCUCAUUGAUGCUAUUUUAGACUCGGCAUGCAAAGACGAAAAGAAGAAGGUUAGACCACGCAAGUCCUUUAACCUACGUCGUCGCACACUGCUCAAGAAUCAAGCCGAGCAAAAAGUCAGUGAACUAGUAUUGUCACCAUCCUAUGCCGCUGGCGAUGAUCCAGCGAGUGAUCUUAGCUUUCUUUUGGGCGAACCAAUGUCGAAUAGUAAGCUAACGGCACAGAGGAGUGCCAAAACAUUACCACCAACUCCUGCACCAGCUACACCGUUUCCCGGCACUCCCAUGUCUGCUGAAAUGCUGCGCAACAUGCCCACACCUGACAUCUCCACCAGCAACUACAAGUGUGCAACACAACUGCAUAUUCUGCGUUCAACAGCCAGUGAGGAACCAUUAGAUACCACCUUCCAGCUGGAAACACCAGUGCGACUGCCCAUGCAGAGGAAGCGACAACGCCGAAAAACUAUGACAGUAUCGAUUGGCGGCAGCACAAAGCGUUUUAAAACCGAUGGUAAAAACUACUGCGAAGUCGGACUGGCUUUGCCGUCGAUCUAUGUCUAAGGAUAUAAAUAAGGAUAGAAUGAAAUUUAUCGUUGAUCUUACAGUUGCCGUUAUAUGAAGUUAUUACUGUUUAAGUUCUGGUUAAAAAGCUAUUUUUGUUGAUUUGUUGACAAGCUGGGGGGAAAUGCUCGCUUAUUACGCUUUUAGUUUUUAAGUCUAUUAUUUGUUUUUACUUUAAGAGUACUUAUUUAUUUAUUUAUGUAAGAAUUUGUAUAUGCAAUUUUUAGAUUUAAGUUUUAAUAUUAAGAAAAUUAUGAUUUGAUUUUAUCAAACAACAAACUGCUUCGUCAUUGGUCAAUAUUGUCAUCACAGUGGCUGAAACAUCCAUUGAUUUUCAAGUGAA